CCGAGGACGGCCUGGCCUGAGGAUGGCCCCCAGGACAGCUUCUGGCCCCAAGGACAGCCCCAGCCCGAGGACGGCCCCUGUGGACAGCUCCCGGACCCAAGGACAGCCCCCAGACCGAGAGGACGGCCCCCCAUGGACAGCUCCCGGCCACAAGGACAGCCCCCAGCCCCAAGGACAGCCCCCAGCCCAAGGACAGCCCCCGUGGACAGUUCCCGGCCCCAAGGACAGCCCCCAGCCCGAGGACGGCCCCGUGGCUGGGCGCGGCGGGAACGGGUGGCGGCGUGUCGGACCGCCGCCCUGCUUGUGUCUGCUGAACGCCGCGGCGGGCGCGAGGGCUGCAGCCAGCCACUGCCGCGCCGUGUUAGGGACCCCAGCCUCCCCCGACGCGACUAGCCGCUCACAGGCGUUUCUGAGCCGCGGGACGACUCGGUCCCCUGAUGUCCCUGGACACCAGGAGAGAGAAGAGACUGAGGAGACGGGGACCGGCCCAAGGAGGACGUGGUGCUUCCUCCAGGACAGGCAGCCUGGCCGGGUCAGGAGGGAUCUAGGAGCAGGAAGGGGGAGGCCCUGCUGACACUUAGAAGACUUGGGGAGGUGACAUCUCCUGCCUGAGGGCCCCAGCUGCUGCGUGAGUGCAGAAUUCCAGCUCAGGCCACCUGCUCCUCAGCCCUCUUCC